AUGGCUAAGGGCGCGCGCUCAAGUUCUAUCAAGGCAAACAACUCCGCCUUGAAAGCCAAAGUCUUUGGUCCGGUCGAGAAUGCACGAGCAGAGAGGUUGAAUGCGAAACUUAUGGAAUUGAUUUCGCAGCCAAAGCCAUCAGCGAAGACAGAAGAUGUGGACAUGGUAGGAAAAGAAGGGAAGGGCGAAGAGGCAUCUGCAAAAGACACUUCGAAAUCCACCGCCGCAGCUCAAGAAAGGCCAUCCGAAGAAAUGGAGGUAGAUGCUAUCAGCAAGGUUGGCUCCAAGUCAAAGAACCGUAUCUCGAAGAGAAGAGUUAGCAGUCGCAAGUCCCAGAUGACUUUUACUACAUACAAGAACGGAAAGAAAGUAGGAGGCGGUAGAAAGCAAAAGAUCUAUUGA